AUGACGUUUCUUACCAUUCUACUGCUGUUCACUGUUGCUGUCACCUGUUUUGCCGAUACCACAGUCUAUCGUGGUACAGCAUGCGGUUGGGCGGAUCCAUCUAGUACCACUCCAGUCUUAUGCAAUGGAUUUAAUCCGCGACGUGGAUGUCCCCCAGGUCAUUCGCAACAAGUAUUCAAAGAUGGCGUUGCUUAUUGCUACAAAACCAAUACAACUACUGAAAAAGAAGGUUCGAUACUUGGCACACUCUGUGGUGGUCUAGCACGUGCUCUAUGUGGUGGAUUCAGUCCUAAUGAGAAGUGUCCGCCAGGCUACACCCAAGUUGAUCAGUGGAUAUGUUCCAAAAGUGAUCCAGAGAUGGAGGAUGUGUCGGGAACCGUUUGCGGAGUGGUUAGUGAUUUUGUGGGACAGACGUGUGAUGGGUUGCCAUUGAGAACAUGUCCAGAUGGGUACUAUCCGGUUGAUUUCGAAAAAGAGUGGGACUGGCACGCUUGUUUUAAAAAAUAG